AUGCGCACAGGCGUUUGGCCAGGGAGGCAUGCGCUGCAGGCCGUGCUCAUGUACGUGGUGCUGCAGCCUACGCUCCUGCUUCUUUCGGUGGUAGACUUUGCACGUGUCUUUCCCGCGAGCGGCGAGCGAUCGCUGCCUAUCCAGGUAGUGCUGCUCGCGUCCAAAAUAUUGCGGCCAGGCGCGCGCGGCGCGGGCGAAACGUUGGGGGAUGUGCUUGUGUGGGAAAGUGUGCUUGCUUUGCAAGGUGUGCUGCUUACGCAGGCAUGGUUUACGCUGCGUAUGUCGGCAUGGCACACCAUGGCGCAAGGCCACGAGCUGCGCGAAACGAAAUCGCAACUGCACGCGCGCCGUAUGCCAUUCCACCAGCAGCUCGAGCACAUGGUGUUUUCUUCGACGUCGCUGCCGAUCCUCUGGAUGGCCGCGCUUGGCGGCAUUGUGCUGGGCGGUGCGCCUGUGCAUACCGGGUACCUCGGCACCGCCGUGCUCGCUGCGUACAUCGCCUUGCUUGCGCUUUGGCCCGUGGUGCACGUACUUGGCGCGCCGCCAUCGCAGGAAUGGGCGCAGCUGCUUAUGGCGCCGUGGUCGGCGUCGCCGCGCGCUGUGCUUGCGUAUGUCCCGGCGCUAGGGACGUGCGCUGGCGCCGUGCUGGGCUCGGCUGCGCUCGCGCUCGACUGGGGCAGGGCGUGGCAGACGUGGCCAUUGCCGAGCGUGUACGGCGCGCUUGCCGGGCUGCUCGUAGGGAAUGGUGUGGGGCUGCUGCUGAGUAUGGGAAAAAUGUACGGCAGCGCGCUUUUUGCGCUGCCGCCGCCGCCGCCGUCGAACGAGGCACCGAGCGCGCCGUUGACGCGGAAAGAAAAGCGGCGGCGAGCGAGGCAGGCGUAG